GACAGUGACAGUUUAACUGAUUUGUUUGAAAGUGGUUUGAAGGGUUUGAAGAAAGUAUCUUUAUUCUUUGUUUAUAGAGUUUAAUUAAUAUGAUUUAAAUAAUGGAAUCAGAGGCUUAUAUUCAAUGGAAAAGACUCUUUGACGAUAAUGUUUUACAGUCAUAUAAUAAUGAGAAAAAAGAAUUACAAAAUGCGGCUAUGUUGCUUACAGCUUUAAAAACAGAAUUCCAAAAUGUUUCUCGAGUAUUAGAGCUGCAAUUUGAUCGAUUAAAAAGACAAUUAAAAGACAAUACCGAAUUAAAAGAACAAAUUACUUCACCAGGCCAACCAAUUUUACAAUCAAUUCACAAUAGUCCAAAAUUGGAACUUAAGGUGGACUUGCCUAACAAUGAGACUGACCAUAGACCAGUACUAAGUGAUUUGGAGAGCCCUGAUAUCUUUAUAAACCAGUCUUUAAAACCUGUGGAACAAGUAUCUCCCACUUCCGUUAUAGAUCUCUCAAAAUCAGAUGAUGAUACUUCUAUAGAAGACAGCCCUACACUUAUAUCAAAAAGAAAGAAAGAUGUCACAAAAAAAGACAAAAUAGACUGUCUAAAGAAAAACAUUUUUAGGGGCAUUGAUAAAGAAAAUUUUUAUAUUGAGUGUACUCCAGAAGCCAAAUCCCCUAAAAAGAUUGGUAAGAAAAGAGGGACUGUUAAGAAACCCCAGAAAUCAACAAUUACCCAGUUAUUUAAUGAAAUAUCUACAAGAGAAAAAAGCUCUGAACUAACAAAUGUUGUGGAGGAACCAACAGCUACCAACCAAACAUUCCAGGAAUGGAUCAAAGAUGAAGAUGGAUCUGUAAUGGGUAUAACAAAGCUGCUUAGUUUCAUUAAUAAGGAUGAUACUCCCAAAAGUAUAAAAAAUCAAGGAAACCAAAAUGAUGAUGAAAUGGACUCCACGAAUGAAGUCGAUGAAUUUUCAAAAGCAAUAUUGUUUGAAGAUAGCCCAGGGAUGGACUCGUCGCCAUUAAAAAAACGCAAAAUAUCUCCACGUGCAGAACCAGUUGUUCGAGGACAUGCUCGAAAACUAUUAAAUGGUUUUUCUUGUCUACAGUGCCGAGAGUUUUAUGCAGGCAUGAAUUUAAGUCCGACAGAAUUGCAAAAACGGCUGGAUGAAUGUUCCAAACAUCGUUACAAAUAUCAACCACCGGAAGAUACAUAUCCAGGUAUAUGGGACCUGACCAUUCCAGCUGAAAAUAUUAAUAUGAAAAUGAAAGAUGAAAAUAACAUUAAUUAAUACAUAGUAAGUUUUUGAUAGGGUUGCCAUUUAUAAAGAUUUACAUGUUGCCAUAUAAGUAGAAUAUAUUUUUUGUACAGAAAUAAUGUUUAAUACGUUUUAUAUAUUGUGUAAUAAUUAAAUUGAUUUUCGACGA